UUUCGGACGUUCGGGCAGCAGAACCUGCAUAUAUUUGUACUACACAGUACCGCAAUCGCAGUCACAAAUCAGAGGCAAUAUUACGUUUUAUGGGCUAUGGUAACGGCCAAGCCUGAAAUAACCGGCGCUAUGUAGUAAACAAUUUUCCUGUGCGUGUUGCCAACGAACGUUAACGUGUCGCCCAGAGAUACCAAAAGAGCGGAACCACAUACAGUAACAAAUACAAAAAAAUAUAUUCAACAUAAAGUUCUAAAAAAUAAAAAAACAAAAAAAUAUAAAAGAAAACAGAGUCUAGCGAAAAAUAAAGAGUGCAUAUAGUUGAAACGUUGGUGGAAAGUUCCAAUCUGAUUUUCAUAACCAAGCGCACUGAACUCUCACCCUCUCUCAAUAUAUGCGUUAAUUGAGUGGGGCACGAGUGGAAAACCAGGCAAAAGACAUUGCGAAAAUUCAGCUAUACUGGCCACCGAAUGGAUAAUGGGUAUUUGUUUAGACACAGAUGCCAGCGCGGCACAAGAUACCGGCGAACCAGGCAACGAUUGGAAUCAUACACGGAAUCAAAAUGGCCCAAAUGCCGGACCUGGCAGCGUUAUGGCACUGAACGGCAAUGGGCGGCUCGGUUCGGGCAACAUCGCUGCUAUCGAUAUGCAAAAUGCUGGAAAGAUCAAAUUCGAUCCGCCCAAGGUGCCAGUGAUAUUUGUUUUAGGCGGCCCAGGUAGUGGCAAGGUCACCCAUUGCGAUACAUUCAUGCAGGAGCGACGCGGUGUUACGCACAUCAAUAUGAUGGAUCUGCUGCAGCAAUAUGCAAUGGGAAAUGAUAUGCAAGACUUUUCGCAACUAUCGUCGAAAACAGUCACCGAGGUGUUGAUGUUGGAAAUGAAAAUGGCUCCAGCUGCCAAAGCAUACCUAAUAUCUGGAUAUCCACGUUCCAUGCGCGACGUUGUCGAGUAUUCCGAGAAGAUACAAGUCGUAAAUGGCGUUAUCCUAAUAUCCUGGCGCCAGUCGGUGCUACAGAAACAAAUCGAUUAUGGCGCUAAAUUAGGUCAUGUUGUACUCUCCUUAGCCAAAAUGGAAUUGGAAAAUUUCUUUAAAAAUGUGAUGCCAGUCGCUGAUUAUUUUGAUCAAAGCGAUAUGCUGUUGGCCGUAAAUGGCGAGCGUGCGCCUACAGAGGUGUAUAAAGACUUUCGCACCGCUGUGCUUGACAUACUGAGCACGCUCGAGAAUCAAGAGGCCAUACUGAAUGGAGUUACAGGUAUGGGCAGAGGGAUACAUGAUAUACCCGGCAGUAUAGUUAGCGUAGACACCGCACCUAGUCAAGCCCAAGCGCCUCACAUUACAGACCAAGUCGUCGCACCUGUGCCAGGUGAGCGCAAUGUCACAAACGCUGUGAUAUCUCACAUAGCCGCCAAUACGGUCACAGCUGCAGCGACUCUCAGAACAGGCGGCACCAGUGCUGAUGACGACAGCGGCGUAGUUGUCACCCAGCAGCCGAAGCUCAGUCAUGCCGGCAACAGCAUGGAUGCCAGCUUUGAACCGGAGCCAACCAUACCGCCCAUUAUUUGGGUAAUUGGUGGUCCGGGCAGUAACAAGGCCACACUGUGCUUAAAGGCGGUUGGCCUUAAUCCGGGCUGGUCACACAUCAGCGUGGGUCGUCUACUGCGCAACAUUACGGACACUGCGCCACGUGCCAACACCGAGAGCUAUGCCGUCAAAGAGGCUCUUGCUGCUGGCGAAAUGGCCCCGGAGAAGUCGCUGAAUCAGCUGCUGGAUAACAACAUACGUCAACUGCAGGAUAAAUCGGGCAUUAUCAUUGAUGGAUAUCCACGCAAUCUGCAGCAGGUCAAAUACUUUGAAAAUAAGUACAAACAACGUCCACCCACCAUACUAUUGGACUGCUCAAAAUUACAGCUGGGUCGGGGACGUAUAGACGAUACGGUCUCCUCGUUUCGACGUCGUCUGGAGCUAUUCCGUGAGCAGACCUUGCCCAUGCUGAAGACAAUGGACAGCAGCAAUCGGUUACAGAUUGUCGAUGGCGACACGGACAGUCCCUCCGUACAGCGCGAAUUCGAGCGGCUUAUACGGAAUCACAUUCAACAGCUGACCAAUAAACUUGAAGGCGAGGAUGCCUCCGAGACGCUGGGCAAUCACGUGAUGCGCAACGAACAAACGGAUGCCAUACUGCACGAUCUGGAGACGAAUGUGCCGGGCGCGGUGCCCACGAUCAGUCAUCAUGUUAGCAUGAUGAAUGGCCAUCUGAAGAGUCGGGGCAGUGCUCUGGUUAGCGCUAAGAGACCCACACAAAUGAUGAACGGACAUGUGGCUGGACGACCUGGCACUGGGCCGGUAGCGCCGCUUGCUCAACCCGUCGAUUUUCGCCAUAUGCUCGAGGAGGCCGAACGCUAUCCGGUAGAUUCAUAUAUGUAGCAUCGGACGAGUAUAGGAUAAAGACGAUCUUAUUACAGAGUUUUAUAGUUUUUAUAAGCGAAAUUCGUUAAGCCCAAGUUCUAUUGUUAAUGUUGUUUUGUUGGUAUUUAAUAUUUUAUAGCAUGGCGCCACUUAGUUGGUGGUUUUUGAUAUACAUAGUAUUUAAUAAUGGCUAAAAAGAAUUAGGGGCAAUUUAUUUUCAUUGCAUUCAAAGUUGAAUAAGUUUAGUAGAUAAACACAGUGACAUACACCUUAAUAACUCGUAAGUGCCUUCACUUCACGGUUUCAAUACAAUUGAAGGUAGCAUUACGAAUAGCAAAAAGCUUAGAGUGAAAGAAAAACAAACUAAUAUAAAACUUAAUUUAAAAGAACACCUUAAAAUCUAUAAUGAAUAAAUAAAAGGAACGACCAAAUGUAGAUUUUUAAAUCUGUGCAAAAUACCUAGA